GUCGAGCGGCGGUUAAGGCGUGGCAUCGUCUGCUCCGGGCGCUUGAAGGAGACUCGGGGACUGCCUAGCUGUUCUUGAGUCCUUCGGUGUCUCCGCUGUCUUUACUUCCUUCGCUCCAUGAGAAAGAUGCUUGCCGCCGUCUCCCGCGUGUUGUCUGGCGCUGCCCAGAAGCCGGCAAGCAGAGUGCUGGUGGCAUCCCGUAAUUUUGCAAAUGAUGCUACAUUUGAAAUUAAGAAAUGCGAUCUUCACCGGCUGGAAGAGGGCCCACCUGUCACCACAGUGCUCACCAGGGAGGAUGGACUCAAAUACUACAGGAUGAUGCAGACUGUGCGCCGAAUGGAGUUAAAGGCAGACCAACUAUAUAAGCAAAAAAUUAUUCGUGGUUUCUGUCACUUGUGUGAUGGUCAGGAAGCCUGCUGUGUGGGACUGGAAGCCGGCAUAAAUCCUACAGACCAUCUGAUCACAGCCUACCGGGCUCAUGGCUUUACCUUCACUCGGGGCCUUUCCGUCCGGGAGAUUCUAGCAGAGCUAACAGGACGAAGAGGAGGUUGUGCUAAAGGGAAAGGAGGAUCUAUGCACAUGUAUGCCAAGAACUUCUACGGAGGCAAUGGUAUCGUCGGAGCUCAGGUGCCCCUGGGAGCUGGGAUUGCUCUGGCCUGCAAGUACAAUGGAAAAGACGAGGUUUGUUUGACACUAUAUGGUGAUGGUGCUGCUAAUCAGGGUCAGAUAUUUGAAGCUUACAAUAUGGCAGCAUUGUGGAAAUUACCUUGUAUUUUCAUCUGUGAGAAUAACCGUUAUGGAAUGGGAACAUCUGUUGAGCGAGCUGCGGCCAGCACAGAUUACUAUAAGAGAGGCGAUUUUAUUCCUGGGCUGAGGGUAGAUGGAAUGGAUAUCCUGUGUGUCCGAGAAGCAACAAGGUUUGCAGCUGCCCAUUGUAGAUCUGGGAAGGGGCCCAUCCUGAUGGAGCUGCAGACUUACCGUUACCAUGGACAUAGUAUGAGUGAUCCUGGAGUCAGUUAUCGUACACGAGAAGAAAUUCAAGAAGUAAGAAGUAAGAGUGACCCUAUUAUGCUUCUCAAGGAUAGGAUGGUGAACAGCAAUCUUGCCAGUGUUGAAGAAUUAAAGGAAAUUGACGUUGAAGUGAGAAAAGAAAUCGAGGAUGCUGCCCAGUUUGCCACAGCUGAUCCUGAGCCACCUCUGGAAGAACUAGGCUAUCACAUCUACAGUAGUGACCCACCCUUUGAAGUGCGUGGUGCCAACCAGUGGAUCAAAUUCAAGUCAGUCAGUUAAUAGGAAACCACGUGUAAUGGAUGGGCUAUUCAUCAGCAACUGUAAGGAACUCUGUUUUCAAAUUUAAGGAAUAAUAUCAAAAAACUGCAGUAUAAGUCUGGGAAACUUUUAAAAGAAUAAAUAACAUGUAAAUUAUAUUACUGACAGAGUAAUUGCAUUGCAGGUCAUACAUUAGUGCUUUGUGUGAAUAUAAAGAUUUGUAUGGUUUAAAACAGGCACAAGUAUAUAAUCUUCCCCCAAAUUAUUUCCUAAAAUAGUUUCAUUUGUGUAAACACAAGAACAAUUCUUUGUAUGCCUAUUCCACCCCAGCCACUCUUUGGGUGGAGAUCACUGGCCUUGAGGAAUCAUUGCUUUGUUCUCAAAGGUUCACAGGGUUCACAGGUAGUGGGGGGCAGAAGACUGUUCAUACUGAUUGUUUCCUCCAGUAUUUAUUAUUAUUGUAAGAUUUCACAACAUUUCAAAGGCCAAUAUCUUAGUUUUCUCCAUUUAUACAUUCAACAUGAAGUUAUCUUAAGUUACAUUCCUAUUAGACAAUGUAAGGCACGUUCAUACCCAUUUUGUCUUUCACAUUUAAGUGCUACACUAGUAAAUAAGACAUAUCCUAAACUGGAGGGUACACAGCUUAUUUUAAACACCUAUUGUUUUUACUUUCCAUUAGGUACAAUAAGAUGGGGUGACUUUUCCAUGGAAGUAAAAUUUAUUUCUAAGAACAAGAACGUCUAACAUGCUGGGAUAUCUAAAUUAAGAUUCACUAUCGUAUUACAUAUACGUCUAUAAAUCUUUAAAAUAUGUUUAUAAAUAGACUAAAAACUUCCAGUAAAGACACUCUAAAACUUCAAGUUCUUGAAUUAAACAGGUCAAGUGUUUUGUAAACUCGGCAGAAUUUGCAUGUAUGUAGAUUGAAGCUUUAAGUAUAAACAUACACGUCAACUAUUUGUGCGCUCUGUCCUUGGGUGUAGCUGCAGUCCCUGAGGACUUCUGAACUUGUCUUCUGUAACGAGAAAUCGCUUGCCAGAGCCUACAGAGGGCACCACCACUGUGAAACAAAUAAGAGUUGUUAACUAAAAAUCUCAAAUAUUUUGUCCUUACGGCAAAAAGGAAAGUAUAUAACUCUAGAGUUAACAUUUGCUAUCUAGUCUCAAAAAUGCAGUCCCUAACUUAGGCACUUCACAAAAACAUUCACUUAUAAAUGUAAUACUUGUGCCCCAGCACUGGUAGGAUGUGGCAUUAGAAAUGUGUGCAGAAGUGCUGAUGGAUCUGUGUAAGGCUAUCUAAAAUGAUAUGGGAAUAAGAGGGCAUGUUGCCAUUUAAAGAGAGCUGAGUAUAGUGUGCUUGCGCCUCAUGCCAUACCUCAGCGUUUUACCAAAUUGAAACUAGCAAAGCUCCAGAUUCGGGAGAGGAAAAGUUUACCAGCACUUUGUUUUCUACUUCACGAAAAAUAUUCUGUUAUCCAAACUAUUGAACAUCUUACCGUAGUUGAAGGCACCUUAGGUCUUCCUUAGUGAUAUUAUUGAGAAUAUCAGAAAGAGUAUAAUCCUCUCCAACAAUCUGAAACAAAGAUGAAGUACUAAGAGAAAGCUUUUUGGCUACGUCAUAGGAAUCAUUUUUGGUUAUAAAUAUACCUUACCUUUUCAAUUGUAUUUGCAUCUGUUCCUUGCAUUUGCAACCAGGCUGUAAGCUCAUUAUCGGUUCCUUGAAAAUGAGGGGGUGCUGGGAUCUCUGCAGUACCUGUAGUGAUUAGAAACAUGUACAUCAAUGUGCUUUUCAAAAGUAAAAUGGAUGUUAAACUAUCCAGAAUGUAAAUGUGACAUGAAAAGAUGAAUUAACCCUAUAUUAUUCAGCUACCCUAUACAUAUUAUAUAAUUCAGAUUUCUUGGGUUUGUUUCACAGAGAGCAGAUUUAAUAAAUGUAGAAUUUGAUGUUACCCAUCUCAGUUUAAAUGCUUAUUCCCUCCCUGUCUUUAAAGUGCUUUAUCUUAGGAUAUAAUGUAUCUCCCUAAAUGCACUGGAAAUCAAAUGAGAAACCAGGUUAUUGUGUGAGAGCUUACCCAUUCCACAUUCUAAGUGGCAACUGUACCCCUUCUAAGUGUCACAGAAUGAGAGGCUUACUAAAGCAUAAUUUACACAGUAAACCACCCUUUUAAGGUGUACUUGGACACUCAUGUCUCUACUCCCACAAUCGAGGUACAUUUCCAUAUUUCAAGAGGUUCUCCUGUGUUUUUAAAAUUUGUUCCCUUUCCUAUUCAUUGAUUU